CAGCAGAGCCAUUUUCACCGUUGAAUAACCACCGCACGCCGUUUGCUGUGUGUGUGUUUUGAGAGAGGGAGAAGAGCUACAGGAGAAAGGGAAGAAGCAAGCUCUCCUCCUGGAUUAUUUUUUUUUUUACCGGAGCGCUGUCCUCCUUCCUUUCUCACUCUUGCUGCUUGUGAGUGGGGGAGGCCCGGGGUGGACACACACAAUGGGGCGAGGAGCCUGUGGCUGCUGGGCCGUUGUGCUGCUGCUGAGAGGGGGAGGGGGUAGAGCGAAGGAGACCGGCACACACAGCUAACUCAGCCAGCCGGCUUCAGUCAGGCCUCCACGGGCAUAAUCUUACCCCGAUCCCUGGCCCUUUUAUGUUUUUUAAAAACAUUUUCAAGGAAUACCCAUCACUUAAGCCUGGAUCAAUGGAUUAAUCAUGUGUGGAUUAUUGUGGAUGGAUUUUGUGAAACGGAACUAGAUUGGAACCUUAAACAGAACCGAUCUCUCUUCCUGUGCUUGUGGGAAAAGGAGAGAAAGGGAGCCAAACUUCUCCUGUUAUUUUCUUUUUUUUGCUUUGUGUUGAGGGAAGCUUCUAGAUGGAUUACAAGAUGCAUGCCAAGUCUAACGAUCUGCUGGAUUUUCAGACUCUGGAUGCUCUUUUGGAAAAAAUGGCACAUUUUUCUUCUGUCUCUGUGAAAAGAGAGGCUAGUGAGGAGUGCAAUGGAAUCAGCGGUGCUCUCUCAGUGGAGUCGUCCGCGCCGCCGUCGAGACUGAACAACUGGUGUCCCGCGGCCACCGCCGCCCCAACCCUUACCCCUGCUCCGGCCCCUGUGCCCGCGCCCCCAGUCACCUCCGCAAGAAUGGGGGACGGCCUGGAUGCAACCACAGUGCAGAUGUCUUCGUCAGGCAGCAGUAGCAGCAGCCAGGGGGGGCAUCCCCAGCCCUCCACCUACGUACCCACCGUGCCAGAGUUUAACCCACCGCCCCCAGAGUACAUCAACCCGUUGCAGCCCAAGCGGCAGACCAACCAGCUGCAGUACCUGCUCAAGGCGGUGCUGAAGACCCUGUGGAAGCACCACUUCUCCUGGCCCUUCCAGGCACCUGUCGACGCCGUCAAACUCAACCUGCCGGACUACUACAAGAUUAUUAAAGUUCCUAUGGAUAUGGGAACAAUCAAGAAGCGACUUGAGAACAGCUACUACUGGAACGCCCAAGAAUGUAUUCAAGACUUCAACACCAUGUUCACCAACUGCUACAUUUACAACAAGCCUGGAGAUGACAUAGUGUUAAUGGCUGAGCAGCUGGAGAAGAUGUUUCUCCAGAAGAUUACUGAGAUGCCCCAGGACGAGACGGAGAUUGCUGUCAUGACCGGCAAGGGACGAGGCCGGGGCCGACGGGAAGGAGGUCUGAACUUGAAGCCAGGCCCGACUAUGGAUUCUCCUUCCACCACCCCCCAGACACGGGGCUUCUCCAGCCACUCCCCAGGCCCCCAGACCAGAGGACCACCAGUGCAGCAACAGACCCAGGACCAGGGGCCUCCAUCUCUACCACCUCAGCCACUCAUGCAGGCCCUGCCCUCCCGCGUGCCCCCAACGCUACCUGUCCACACCCAUGCCCACGCGCCACAGCUCGGGGCCCCCUACUCACUGGGCCCGUCGGACCUGCCCCUCCAGGCCCCUCCUAAGCUCCCUAUCAUGACCUCCGUGCCUCCUCCCCCCACCCAGACCACCCUGCCCCCCACGUCCAUUCAGAGCACCGCCCCCAUACUGCAGAACCCCGUGCCCAUGGCCAAACAGAGAAAGAGCCAGAAAAGGAAAGCCGACACGACCACCCCCACGGCCAACGACCAGCUGAGCGAGUCUUCUCCAGCCGAGUCCAAGUCGGGCAAGACGCUGCCGCGGCGAGAAAGCGCCAGGCCCACCAAGCUUCUCAAGAAGGAGGCUCCGGACUCCCAGCACCACCUGGGCCUCGGGAUAGGUCUCGGUCUAGGGGGAACCGUAGGACCAGGGGUAGGGGCUCAUAGCCCCAAGCAGCAGGAGCAGCUACGGUACUGCUCCAGCUUGGUCCGAGACAUGUUACAUAAGAAGCACGCGGCCUACGCCUGGCCCUUCUACAAGCCAGUCGACGUGGACAUGCUGGGGCUGCACGACUAUCACGACAUCAUCAAACACCCCAUGGACCUUGCCACCGUCAAGGUGAAGCUGGACAACCGGCAGUACAGAGACGCCCAGGAGUUUGCCGCCGACGUGCGGUUAAUGUUCUCCAACUGCUACAAGUACAACCCACCCGACCACGAGGUGGUGGCUAUGGCACGCAAACUACAGGACGUGUUUGAGAUGCGCUUUGCCAAGAUGCCAGAUGAGCCCGAGGAGACGCUGGCUUCGGCUCCUGCCCCCGCGCUGCUCCAGUCCUCUGCCCCCAUCAUCAAGUCCCAGCCGCCGCCCAUCCUAAACCCCGCCUCCUCCAUCCUAGGUCCCGCCUCCUCGGUCAAACACCCCGCUUCCUCCUCGGACAGCUCCAGUGAUUCGUCAUCGGAGUCGGAAUCGUCCACGAACGACUUGGAGGAGGAGAGAGCCCAGAGACUGGCCGAGCUACAGGAACAGCUCAAAGCUGUCCAUGAGCAGCUGGCGGCCCUCUCGCAGCCACAGGCCAGCAAACCAAAGAGGAAAGAGAAGGAGAAGAAGAAAGACAAGCACAAAAGGAAAGGAGCGGUGGAGGAGAUCCCGGAGCCGGCCAUUCAGUUCCCCAAGAAGACCAAGAACAACAACAACAGCAGCAGCAGCAACAACAACAACAAGGAGCUCCUGCCCAAGAAGACCAAGAAACCCAGUAAGAAGGAGGGAGGUGCGGUGAAGAACAACCGCUCUGCAGCCCUGGGCCAUCAGGCAGCGCUGCAGCCCCCAGCUCUGCAGCCCGUGUCUGGCUUGGGGGAGGGCCUGGAGGAGGACCCGGCUGCAGCCGGAGCCCCCGGGGAGAAGGGUAAGCCCAUGUCGUACGAGGAGAAGAGGCAGCUGAGUCUGGACAUCAACAAGCUGCCCGGCGACAAGCUGGGUCGUGUGGUCCACAUCAUCCAGUCCAGAGAGCCCUCGCUGAAGAACUCCAACCCCGACGAGAUCGAGAUCGACUUUGAGACGCUCAAGCCGUCCACGCUGAGAGAGCUGGAGAGAUACGUGUCGUCGUGCCUCCGCAAGAACAAGAAGAAGGUUCCUGUGGCAGAGAAGACCAUGGAGGCCAUGACGGCCGCCAAGACCAAGGCCAGCUCCUCCUCUGACUCGGACAGCAGCGACUCCAGCUCCUCAGACAGUGAUGAGGAGAAGGGAGUGGCUCCUAAACAGAAACAGAAGAAAGGCCACGGGACCAACGAAGGGAAGAAGCCCCAUCUCCACCAUGCCAUGUCUGGAGCUGGUCCGUUCCCCCAGGGCCACCCUCACGCCCAGGCUCCUGUCCUACAGCCCAGCAUUCACCUGAAGCAACAGCAACAUAACCCCUCCCCCGCCACCUACAUGGCCCCUCCUCCCCCGGUAACGGUCACGGCGUUGGAGUCCUCCCAGCUGCUGGAGAACACGUUUGAUUCGCUGCCCCACUUCGGCCAGCAGCCCCUCAUGCACCUGUCCCAGCACCACCACUCCUCGUCGCCUGCCGUGCCCCCCCACCUCAACGCUCAUUCCGCACCAGGGCCCGUGUCCCCGGAGACGCACCCAUUUCUCAACCAGCACCCCAUCCUCCCCAACCCUAACCCAGCUUUGCACAAUGCCUUGCCCCAGCAGCCGUCUCGACCCAGCCACAGGGCAGCAGCUCUACCUCCCAAACCCCCCCAGCAGCAGCAACCACCGCCCCAGCCAUCCCAACAACAACAACAACAGCUUCAGCCACAAGCCCCUCCACCCCAGCACCACCUCCCACCCCACAUCCUCCACCCCACCCCCCCUCAGUCCCUGCAGCAGCGGCCCUUGUCCCCUCCCACCCUCACCCCUCAGGGCCUGCUGUCCUCCCAGCCCCCCCAGAUGCUCCUGGAGGACGAUGAGGAGGUGAUUCCACCCUUACCCCAGAUGCAUCUCUACCUGCAGCAGGGACAGAGCCAGGGAAGACCUGGCCAGCAACCACACAAUCCCCAGCAGAUCAUGCAGUCUCUCCAGGUUCGCCAACAACAGAACCAGGCUCCCCUCCUGCAGUCUGUACAGGUCCAGCCCUCCCAGACCUCCUCUCUUCAGCCCCCCCAGCUCUCAGUCCAGCCCCCCCAGCCCCAGUCCAAGCCCAUCCCCCCAUCGCGUCAGAUCCUACCCCCGCACCAAGUAGCCCGCCACCUGCAGCAGCAUGCCCAGAUGGGUUACCCCUCCCAGGGGCCGGUGGCACAGCAGACGGGUCACUCAGACAGGCAGGCCGCUGCAGGGCAACACAAGGGGUCAAUGCAGGCCUCCGCCAAAGCACAGCACAUCAUCCAACAACAGCAACACCCCUCCCCUCGACAGAUCAAGGCUGAUCCAUAUAACAGUGGGCACCUAAGGGAGAACCCCUCCCCCAUCAUGAUGCAUUCCCCCCACCUCCCCCAGUAUCCCCCCAUAACGCACCAGUCUCCGCCACACAACCUGCAGCCCAAGAAAGAGCAGCGUGCGCCCCCGGCCCUAGUAGCCUUGAAAGAAGAGAAGUUGCCUCCCUCUCCGGUGAUGCGAGGAGGAGAGCCCUUCAGCCCAGCCAUGAGACAAGACCCUCACAAACACCCAGACAGCCACAGCAAGCCCUCUCUACCAGGCCACGCACAGCAGAAUGUGAAGUCGAUGGACAGCUCUCGGCCGGUCAUCCGUUCCUCAGAGCCCAGCGGUCCUCCCUCCUCCUCCUCCUCCCUGCCAGACAAGGACAAGUUCAAACAGGAGCCCAAAACGCCCGUCGCCCCCAAAAAGGAUGUGAAACUGAAGAACAUGGGUUCGUGGGCCAGCCUGGCCCAGAAGUCCACGUCAGCACCCUUGUCUGCAGUGAAGUCGUCUAGCGACAGCUUCGAGCAGUUCCGCCGGGCCGCCCGGGAGAAAGAGGAGAGGGAGAAGGCUCUUAAGGCCCAGGCAGAGCAGGCUGAGAGGGACAAACUGCGCCGGGAGCAGGAGAAAUUACGGGGUCGUGACCGGGAUGAUGAGGAUAUCCUGGAGCCUCAGCAGCAGUCGAGGAGGGUUCAUGAGGAGCCUCGAAGCAGACGUCUGGAGCAGCAGCAACAUAUCCAGGCCACCCAGCCCCAGCAGCAACCCCAGGCACCAGCCCCCCAGGCCCAGCCCGCUGCCCUCCCCCAGCCGCCACAGGCCCCCACACCGCCCCAGCCCUCAGCCCAGGACCAGCAGAGGGAGCUAGCGCGACGCCGCGAGCAGGAGAGGAGGAGGAGAGAAGCGAUGGCGGCGACCAUCGACAUGAAUUUCCAAAGCGACCUGAUGGCUAUCUUUGAGGAGAACUUGUUCUGAUGACGAGAGAACCCCCAGAAACUUAACACUGAAACAAGAACACAUAACAGAAUAAUGAAUAUGGAAUUGAACAUUUCGUAUGAAAUGGAAUCUUCUGUAUGACAUCACAGGUGGGGGGGGGGGGUUUAAUGAACCAAGAUACAGGAUGUGAAUUAAACAAUCCCCCCCCCCCCCCUCCUCCAGAGCAGAGGGGGUGAUCUUCAGCUAGACUGGCGAGCUACUCGGCUGUUAGCUGCUCUGCUAUGCAGCCUCUGGAAGUAAGACGCCACAUUGAAGGAGCGACAUAAACAGGAUAUUUUCAACCACGUUUUGGUGUCGUUUCUCUGGGGAUUUGACCCUUGUUGUUGCCCCUGGCAACAAGACAUGAGGGAAAGGACUCCGGGUGGUCAUGUAAUUUCACACCUGAUUGAUACUUUCACACGGGACAGAGCGAAGGAGAACAAUCUUGUAAAUGGAAGUAAAAGACGAUAAUGGAAAAACACAGCAACGGUGAAAUGCUCUGAGAAACAAAGUACCUAUGCGUAUCUACGGACCGAGACUGGGGUGUUCAUAAAGACUGCCAGACAGGCGUCUGUCUGAUAAGAGGAGAGGCAGAAUAAAUAUUUUUAUGUGAUCUGUUUUUUUCUUUUCUUUUUUAGAGAGAACACAUGUAAGGAAUUGUUGGGGACAGGUGUGUGUGUAUAAGGGGGGAGGGACUUCAACUUCUGACGUGUUCUUUUUCUAGGAGAGGAGGUACAGUACAGCUUUGCCUUCUGCCUCACUCUUGUCCAUUGUCCACACACACACACAGACCGUACAUUAGAUAGGCCUCUCUCCCUUGCCUGGGCAUAUGAACAAAUCAGUAACAACAAAUUAUGGAACAGUCCGUCUGCAGUGGGAGGGAGAAAGCAGAAUUAAGUGCAGAUUUCUUUUUUCAUUAUGUAGGAUCUACUGUAAAGAGGUAUUUUCUUAUUCUAUGAUUACUGUUUAUUUGUUUUGUAAAUAUUUUUCUCCCUCCCUCCCCUCACCAACACACUUGCCCCACUGUCUAUGCCAAACAACCAUUACCUUUUUAAUGCUGAAUUCCUCCCACUUCUCCUUUAAAAAAAAAAAUGCUUCUUUGUUCAUAUGUGUUUUUUUUCUUAAUAUAUAAAUAGAUUUUUUCCCCCUUGUCCUCAUCACCCCUCUUCAAACAAAGCGUUUAGGUAGUUUUUAAGAGGAUAAAACCUAAUAUAUGCAUUAUUCCAACAAGUGUUAAUUAAUUAAACAACCAUUUGAAGUUUUCAUAUUUCAUGUUUUCUUCCUCAUCUGAAGCUGGAGCAAAACAGUCUGAUCACUACUAGAGGCAGAGGCUCAGUCCCAAAAUGGCACCCUAUCCCCUUUAUAGUGCACUACUAAACUAGUGCACUAUGUAGGAAACCAGGUGCCAUUUUGGAUGAAGCCAGAGUCCAGCUGUUUCUAGAGCUGUGUCUUGGUUGGGUUGAAUCUGAGUUCACCAUCACUGUAACCACCUUAUUGUGUAUUAUGCUUGGAGACAGCUAGGAAAGUGGUCAUUAAUGGCAUUUUCCUCUUUGCAGCUGAUUCAUAUAAACUAUUGAACCAGAGAAUCAGUAACUAUUACUGAACUGUUUGAUUUAUAAACUGUGUUGAUUCCUCCCUGUUCCUUGCUUGUAUAUUGGCCUGGAAUUUGCCUAGUUAAAGUUAAAAGAAUGUUACAUUAUACACACUAGCAUACUACUUACAAUGAAGCAAUGUAUUGGACAUGCAAAAUAAGUGGUGUGCUGGUAUGGUUGUUGGAACAUAUCCAAAGGGUUCUAAUCUGGUAGUGAGCCCACCACUCUACUUUACAUGUCAUUUGGGGACAAGGAAUGGGGUGAGGCAAACCUCAAAACAUAAUUAGUUCCAACUGCAAUUUUAUUGGGCUCUUAUAAGAACAGAUGAGACACUUCUUACAGAUUUAGUACCAGGAUGCAUCCAAAAUGCUCCUUAUAUAGUGCAUUGCUUUUGACCAGGGCACAUGGGGUACUCUAGUGUACUAUAUAGGAAAUAGGGUGCCAUUUGGGAUGUACCUCCACCCUCCAGACUUUACUAAUGCUGAGAGCAGAGACCAAAAAAAGAGCUCCACCUCCGGGCUAGUCUGUGCAUGAGUCUUGUUAUUAUUAUUAUGACUACAAUUAAUCAGAGGGAAACUUUUAGCCGUACAAAAAUACGAGAAAUAAAUUUGACAAAAAAAAUGUUCUAGAAAACCCUACAAAAACAGCUCUGAUUUCUAUAUUUUUUCUUGUUCGAUUCUAGUGGAUACAUGUAAGUUCUAAUUCUGUUGUUGGAGUUGGCGAGGGGGUCACAGGUCGAGGGUCACGACAGGUUGACCUCUGACCCUGUCCUCUGCGUUUUCUCUUAUGGUGUUUUUCUCCAGUGCCUGUAUUGUUCUAUGAUUCUAGUUGGCAUAUAUUACAUUUGGGGUGGAUACAGUAUGUACGGGUGGGAAGGGGAGGGAGGGAGAUUUAGGAUAAGCUUGUGUAAAAAGUCAAAGGAAAAGUCAGCAUUUUAUAUUUUACCCAUUUAACGAUAUUCAGGUUUAAAUCUAGUUUUAGCUGGACUUCUGUGGUAUGAGUGUACACUUGACUCGACUACUUUCUCAUUUUCAUUCAAUCAGUACAUUUUUAAGUAGACCUGUUUCUGCCGCGCCACUUUAGCAUUUGUGUGUCAGAACGUUUGUGAGGAUGAGUAUGUAUGUAUGAUUUUAGUAUGUGGCGCAGGGACGCAUGUGCCCCAUUAUAGAAAAGCAUUUUAAAUGGGGAUGAAGAUUAAUAUACAAAAUGCUACAAGAGAACGAGUUUCUUUGCUAAAGCCAGUCUUCAUUUUGAUGGAGUCCACCAUAUAUGAAUAGCCUAUAUAUAAUUUUGUUUUGUUAGACAGGUUAUGAAAAGGUCAAAUACUUUUUCAUUCCUUCAAGCCUUUUAUUAAUUCCUUAUUUUUAUCCCCAUGGUAACUGAUGGACAUGAUGUGCCAUAAAUAUGGAUUCUUCUUCAGAAUGUGCUCAGCAGAGUUUGCUUUAUUCAGGUAUUUUAUUUUGUGUUACAUUUUUGGUCUUUUGUUUUUUGGGGGGUUUUGUGUAACAUUUUCCUCGAUUAUUGUUUGGUAUGUGAGUGGUCUGUCGAGGUCAAUGAUUAAAUCUGUUAUGAUCAUGGAGUAAACUCAUCUCUUUUAUAGAAAAUAAAAAAUAAACAAAAUGUUGGUA